AUGGUCUUUGCAUGUGCCUCCGCAAUACUUGUCCUCAUUUUCACCUAUAACAGGAGCCGCAUUAGAGGCGUCCCUAACGCAGUCACUCAACAACAUUUGAUCAAGGAAUCUGGGGGCACAUACCGAAUUCCGAAAGGACGCCCACCAAGUGUCAACCUCGUUGUGGCGGCCACGUCAAAAGAUGACUAUUCUUGGGUUAAACACCUCAGAGUCCCUGAACUGGUGGUCAUACCUUAUAUUGCCGACAAUAUCAGCGCCCCUCAUCAUGCACAGAAGAAUAAGGGGCAUGAGGCGAUGAUAUAUCAUCAGUAUUUCUACGACUUUUAUGACAAUCUCCCAGAUAUUUCAAUACUCAUUCACUCACACCAGCAGUCGUGGCACGUUGAUGAACUUCUUGAACAAGAUAUGAUCUUCUCCCUAAAUCGCCUUGACCUACGGGAGGUGCAACAACGACAAUUUCUCAAUAUGAGAGUCACGUGGGGCAAUGGGUGUAGCGCGAGCACAAUUAACACAACGCGAGUAAAUGAGGAAUCGGAGGUCUCGCCAGAACAGAAGGAAAUGCAAGAGGCUUUCCGAGCAAACUUCAACGUCUACGAAGUCCCCGAAAUCCUCGCCACACCAUGCUGUUCCCAAAUAGCAGUAACGCGAGAAAGGAUCCGCGGGGUACCACGAGAGCAAUAUAAACGCCACAUCAACUGGCUUCUAAACACAAAUCUGCCAGACAACAUAAGCGGCCGUACCUGGGAGCACAUGUGGCAACACCUAUUCCUCCAAAAAGCAAUAGAUUGCCCAAUAGAGCAUAAAGCCUACUGUCGGCUCUACCGUAAGAGCAACGGAGUUCCUUAA